CCCCCUACUGCUGCUGCUGCUGCUGUUGCUGCUGCUGGGCUCGCUAUUGCCGCUCGCUCCAGCUGAGCCCUGAGUAGCAGCAGGACCAGGGCAGGGACUGACUCCAGUCCUUGGACUUAGGACACCGCAGCACCUUCCCUUACGUGCGUGACUCAGUCGCAUAUCAUUUCUGUUUAUGCCUGGGGUGGGGAGAAAAAUCCCAAACCAGCCGUGUAAAUGAGUAUGGAAGAUUAUGAUUUCCUCUUCAAGAUUGUUUUAAUUGGCAACGCUGGAGUGGGGAAGACGUGCCUAGUCCGACGAUUCACUCAGGGUCUUUUCCCCCCAGGUCAAGGAGCCACAAUUGGAGUCGAUUUUAUGAUUAAAACAGUGGAGAUUAAUGGUGAAAAAGUAAAGUUACAGAUCUGGGACACUGCAGGUCAAGAGAGAUUUCGUUCAAUUACCCAAAGUUAUUACCGAAGCGCCAAUGCCUUGAUCCUUACCUAUGACAUCACCUGUGAGGAAUCCUUCCGUUGCCUUCCUGAGUGGUUGCGAGAGAUAGAACAGUAUGCUAGCAAUAAGGUCAUCACUGUGCUAGUGGGCAACAAGAUUGACCUGGCUGAAAGGAGAGAGGUCUCCCAGCAGAGGGCAGAGGAAUUCUCAGAAGCUCAGGACAUGUAUUACCUGGAGACUUCAGCCAAGGAAUCCGAUAACGUGGAGAAACUCUUCCUUGACUUAGCAUGCCGGCUCAUCAGUGAAGCAAGACAGAACACACUGGUGAACAAUGUAUCUUCACCCUUACCCGGAGAGGGCAAAAGCAUCAGCUAUUUGACUUGUUGUAAUUUCAACUAAAGGCUGAGGCAAGGAGAAUCAAAGGGAAUCAGUAGUUGCCUUGGUGGGCCGUGUGUUGCUAGGGAGUCUGGCAAUGACAGUGGCUCCCGCUCUUGGACCUUCUGACUCCUGUAGGCUCCAGAGCUUACAAAGCAUGCAGGCCAAGGGCCUUGACUGCAGGCCAGCAUCAUCAGCAGAACACAUAACGGUUCCAGCCUUUUGCAGUCUGGCAUUGGAGCAAGGAGAAAAUUGCACUAAGCGCUCCAUGAUCUGCAGAGCAUGUUGCUUUUAUUUUUAAAAAAGCAAGUAAAAAUGCAUUCCUGAACACAGUGCAGGGGAUCACGUACUGUGGGAAUCCCUCCUGUGUGUCAGCGGGUACAUGUGGGGCUGUUCUUUAGAUUCAGUGGUAAUCUGGUGCCCAUGGUUUUCUUGUCUACCAGGUAAACCAAAACUGGAAAGGCCAAGUACUGUCUCUGUGGUCCUUACUGAUAACCCCAUGGAGAUUUUGAAAAGUGUUGUUUCUUCGGUCCACAAGCACUUUCAAAACCUUUGGGAUGUAAAAACGAAAACUCAUCUCAUGGCCAACAGUAAAAAUUAUUGUUUAUAAUAACAUAUACAAGCUCCAUGACUCCUUUUGGUGCUAAUCAUUAUGGUAUUUCACAGACCAAACGUUUUACUAUAUUGAUACCCUUAAAUGUAUUACCUACAAAUAAAAAGAAAACGGGGAAAACCCACGAAUCAGCAGUCUUUCUCAAAGCCUCGUUACCAUGUUUGCUAGGAUGGGUUUAUUUUUCCGUAUUCUCCUGGGAAUUUCUUAACUUUGUUAUAUUCUGUCACACUUUUCCUGCCCUUGAAGGUAAUCAGAGUCUGAAAAAAAAAUGGGGAAAAACACAAUGGGUGAUGACAUUGUAAUAAAAAAAAAGAUGAGUUAUGAGACAUUCUGAGCAGAUGAGAAAACAGAGCAGACAUGACCAAAAUACUGUGGAAUAUGGACUGACUGCAGAGCAGGCUUCCAGACAGAGCACAGUCCUGGAUAACAAGUCCCACCUUAUCCUUUCUGGAACUAUCCUUGGAGAGACCAAGGCCUGGGAUUUUAUAGACCUUUGUAGUAUGACAAGUGAGGAUAGCAACAGAUGAAAAGUUUUGCAAACUGUUUUUGUAUCUUCAGUGAGCUUAGGAAAGGCCUGCUUAGGAAGCAGGCUGAGGUGUCAUUUAUCAUAUAAAUGUAUCUGAUCUCAGAUUCAUGGCCAUUCAUUCUUUUCCCUUUGUCUUGUCUUUCCCUGGUCUCACCUUAUUGCUCUCCUUCCUUCCCAUCCUGGUAUGCACGUGUC